GGUUGCAGACUUUCACGGUGCAUGUUUGUGCAAGCACUUUAUGUAAUGGUGCAAUAAUGCCACAGCCUACAAGCAGCUCACAGUAAAGAAUAUAAACACCCCCGGUGGAGGCAUUUUAAACAUCUACAAUAGCUGUGGAGUCUGAACAACCAGUCAGGAAGUGAUUUCUCAAAGAGCUUUCAAGACAUUUUGUUUCAAACAGAUACGAUGAGUGUGCGAUUGGGAACCCUCUUUGUGAUUUUUAAGAUAUUGUCAUAUGGAUUGGCGGAGGAGUCUCCAUGUACACCUGGCUUUAAAUCGAAUCUGCUGGUUUUUAAAGUCCACAAAGAUCACCUUCACAGGGGAGAGAGACUCGGAAGAGUCGUAUUUAACACAUGUGAUGGAAGAACAGGAAUAGAUUUUCAGUCCACUGAUCAGGAGAUUGAUCUGAACAGGGAUGGGACUCUGAUGAUGAGGAGGUCAGUGACUCUUCAUGAAGGCCCCAAGGAGUUUUUAGUGUCUGCAUGCGACUCCAGUGGCAAGAAGCACACGGUCUCUGUCAGAGUUGAAUGUGUUCAUUAUCAUAAGGAUCAUGACGUGAAUACAUUGAUGAAUAGCACCUCUGUACAGGUGGAAUCUCCCUCUGAUGAUCUAGUUCUGACAUUUCCAAAGUCUACAUCAUGUUUAAAGAGAGCAAAGAGAGGUUGGAUUGUUCCUCCAAUCAGUGUAUCUGAGAAUAGCAAAGGUCCUUUCCCAAUGAGGCUGGUCAAGAUAAAGUCAGAUUAUGCUUCUGAAAUUCGGAUGGCAUACAAGAUCACUGGUGAAGGGGCAGAUCUGGAACCUAAGGGGAUUUUCCAAAUAGACAGACUAUCAGGGUGGAUCAGUGUGACUCAGCAACUUGACAGAGAAACAAAAGCUUUUUAUAAAAUGGUAGUUCAUGCAAAUGGUGUUGAUAUUGAUAUUUUAGAAAAGCCAAUGGUGAUUAUCAUAACUGUGACAGACCAAAAUGAUAAUAAGCCUGUGUUUACUCAAAAUCCUUUCAAUGGAAAUGUUCCUGAAACUGCGAAAAAUGGUGAAGUGUUUAUGACGAUCACAGCCACUGAUGCAGAUGAUAAAGAGAAUACUGACUAUGCUGAUAUUAGUUAUGCCAUUAUCAGCCAAGAUCCACCAUCUCCAAAACCUAACAUGUUUGCUAUCAAUCCUGUAAGUGGAGGGAUUUCUGUGCUAGAAAAAGGCCUGGACAGAGAGCAAUGGUCCAGAUAUACUUUGAUUAUUACGGCUGCUGACAUGAAUGGAGAGGGUUUGUCAACCACUGCCACAGUAGUUAUUACUGUUUCAGAAGGCAAUGGUAUUGCACUUCAGUUUGAGAGAGGUUGGAUUAUUCCUCCAAUCAAUGUAGCUGAGAAUAGCAAAGGUCCUUUUCCAAUGAGGCUGGUCCAGAUAAGGUCAGAUUUUGCUUCUGAACAUCAGAUUGCAUACAAGAUCACUGGUGAAGGGGCAGAUCUGGAGCCUAAGGGGAUUUUCCUCAUAGAAAGACUAUCAGGGUGGGUCAGUGUGACUCAGAAACUUGACAGAGAAACAAAAGCUUCAUACAAACUUGUGGCUCAUGCAACUGGAGUGGAUGUGAAUAUCGUAGAAAAGCCAAUGGAUGUUGUUGUAAAUGUGAUAGACCAAAAUGAUAAUAAGCCAGUGUUCACUCAAAGUAUUUUCAGUGGAAGUGUUCCUAAAGCUUUGGAAAAGGGUGAAGUGUUCAUGACGGUCACAGCCACUGAUGCAGAUGAUAAAGAGAAUACUGACAAUGCUGAUAUCAGUUAUGCCAUUAUCAGCCAAGAUCCACCAUCUCCAAAACCAAACAUGUUUGCUAUCAAUCCUGUAAGUGGAGGGAUUUCUGUGCUAGAAACUGGCAUUGACAGAGAGCAAUGGUCCAGAUAUACUUUGGUUAUUACGGCUACUGACAUGAAUGGAGAGGGUUUGUCAACCACUGCCACAGCAGUUAUUACUGUUACUGACCCAGCCGUCUAGGGCGUCAGUACCACUGUAACGGUACUGUGUGUUACUCAUAUCUGCUCAGGCAAUUGGUUGUGAUGCCAUACCUUAGUUAAACACAUUUUAUUUUUCCAUUUAGCCUCUGAACAAUGUUGAGAGUAAGCAGUGGCAACGUUUAUAUGUGUGUCGGUUUUUUGCCUACUUCAACUGCUACAGUCUUUGUGAAUGUAGAAGACGUGAAUGAGCUGCCUGAGUUUAUUCCAAAGGUCAUUUUCAAUUGUGAAUAUUUACCAGCUGGCCUAGAACUGGUUUCUCGGUGAACAAGCUACUGAUCCAGACACUGUAAAAUCAGAAAAGUGCCUGCUUGCUUAUUUGAAUAAAUGUAAUUUCUUUGACUAAUGCUCUGUCCUGCUAUAAUCACAUAUUUUUGUUUUGUUUAUUAGAGACUAAAUGCUGUCAAACUGCUUUUUAUUAAUAAAGAUAAAUGUAGAGCACCUGC